UGAAGGGAAGCGGAAGUUCCGCCAUCUCUGGAUCUGAUCUCUGUAGUAAGCUUCAUUCCAGGGAGCAUCUUCUACUGCGGGUUUCCUUUCCCAGAUUUUUGGGGCUUGGGCCCAAUGUCAUCCUGGAGAGGGGCGCAGAGCAUGAGCCAGAGCACUCAGUGAAUGAGCGGUGCCCAGGAAAGCCAUUCCCACCAUCCCCACAUUCCAGCUUGAACAGACCUCAUUAGUGCUACACGUUCACCCGGUCACCAUGUCGACCUCAAUGCUACGCCGGCAGCUGAAGAACAUUGUUCAGAACUUCUCUGAGGCAGAGAUCAAGGUAAGGGAAGCGACCUCCAAUGACCCCUGGGGCCCAUCCAGCUCUCUGAUGGCUGAAAUUUCCGACCUGACCUACAAUGUUGUGGCCUGCUCUGAAAUCAUGACCAUGGUGUGGAAACGCCUCAACGACAGUGGGAAGAACUGGAGGCAUGUCUAUAAGGCCAUGACUCUGCUGGAUUACCUGCUAAAGACGGGCUCUGACCGUGUGGCCCAGCAGUGCAACGAGAACAUCUACGUUCUGCAGACUCUGAGGGAAUUCCAGUUCAUCGACAGGGAUGGCAAAGACCAGGGUGUGAACGUGAGGGAGAAGGCGAAGCAGCUAGUCACUCUGCUGAAAGAUGAAGAGAAGCUAAAGGAAGAGAGAGCCCAGGCACUGAAGACCAAAGAGAAGAUGGCACAGACCACCAGUGCCUCCUCCACGUCUCCGGCCCCAGCCCUGAGCUUGGCUAACCGGCCGGGCGGUCUCCAGCUGGGCGGAGUUGCAUCCCUGAUCAAAGCGCCUGAGUCACAGGCGGCUGGGGACGAGACCAAGAGCAAGGAGGAAGCUGACCAGGCCCCGCAGACUGAGGGGGGGUCCUCCAAUCUGUGGGGAGCCCCGGCCGCUCCCGCCGACUCCUCUGCCCCGCCCGCCGGCUCAGACCCCUGGGGCGGGCCCACCUCCUCGCCCCCCGCGAACUCCGACCCCUGGGGCAGAUCCGCCUCUUCUCCCCCGGGGGAGUCGGACCCCUGGGGCGACGGGGGUACCGCUGCGAACACCUCCUCUGACCCGUGGGGAGAUUCGUCCAAAGCGAGCAACGACCCAUGGGGCUCCUCCGCGGCUGUCAGUCCGCCCGGUGGGGACCCCUGGGGAGCUGGUACUGCAGCGGCCGGCGAUCCCUGGGGGACGGGCGGAGGGGCCCCAGCUGCUGACUCUACGACCUCUGACCCCUGGGGAGGCCCCGCAAAUGGCGCAGGAGACCAAAAGCUGAGUGAUGUCACUGCAGGGGGAGGCGGAGAGGAGGGUGGAGGCAGAGGAGGGGCCCCCGCGUCCUUGGACCUGUCUUCCAUAAGCGCUGCUCUCCCUGCCAAAAAAACGCCCGAGUCCUUCCUGGGCGCUAACGCGUCGCUGGUGGAUUUAGACUCCCUGAUCUCGUCCAAACCCAAACCCAAGCAGUCAGGCCCAUCCAUGGCCUCCAUGGUCACCAAGCCCAGCCCUUUCACGCAGUCGCAGGGCUCCUCUCCUGCCCCAGCCAUGGCUGUUACCUCAGUCAGUGCCAUUUUCGGGCUAGGGGCGUCCCCCGCUGCUCCCCUUACAUCCAGCCCUUUUGGUUCAACCCCCUUGUCCUCAGUCUCUCCACUAGCCUCCUAUUUUGGGCCAGGCCACCUCCACACUGUCGCCCAGGCGUCCCCUUCCACUUCUGGAAAGUUCCGGACUGCGCCUGAAAAGGGAGCUUAGACGACUCCUCAAGCGAGGAGCAGGCUGGCCGCUUUGGCUCUCCUCACAGAGGGACCUCCCCCUCGGCCAUACGCCUGUCACAGGUGGAGGAGUCGUGGAGCUGUGCCAGGCUGUUUUUUUUGAGGCAGGGGCGUUCGGGUGGAGACGGGCAGAGUGGUACGAGACAGAGCAGUAACCACCGGUCCUUUCAUUUGAAUUCACUCCCUCACCCCUGCCCAUCACCCCCCCCCCCUCCCUCCCCAUGCCUUCCUCCAUCAUCACCGUUUGUCUGGAAGCCUUAUCCGUUAAACUCAGUAUUUUUAAAAAACAGUAACUGAGCAACAUUGAACCCAAUUUUUUCCUUUAUUUAAAUGAAAAGCAUUUCAUGAAAUGCGUUUCUUUGCAGCGUGGGAUACUGGGUAGCCAACAGAGCAUUAGCGCGUUCUGCUAGCCCUUCUGAAAACACACAAAAGUAAGGAACAUGGCAUGCUGCUAUUACUGGGCUGGUAGGGGGAAGGAAUUUAGGAAGUUGAACCGCAAAAAAAAAUAGAUUUUCUCAAAAAGCACAAACAUUUCCCUAAAAUCCUGCUGUCACACAAAAACGAAGUAUGCUAUCACGUACAAAGGAAAAGUGAUCAGAAAGAUGGAUUUAAGCAGCAUUCAUUAAAAAAACACACACACGGAAGCCCAUGUAAGCUCAAAAUCAGCAGUAUGAUACACUGUAUAAAAAGUCCGAUUUCUGAAUAAUGCCUUUAAGCUCCUGGGAAAACUUCAGUUCAGUCCCAAACCUCUUUCCUGACUGAGUGCUUAUAAUAGGAGCUCUGGCGACACUCAGCUGUUGAUACAGUCACAGGAGGCGGCCAGCAGAAUUGUUUACUCUCUAAAUCAGUCUCUAAUUGGCUCAGAUCACCCAGCUGGGUUGUAGAUUCAGUUUGUCUCUCUGUGUAGGCAUGCAAUUUGUGAAUGCUGAUUAUUCCGUUUUAAAUAUGUCACUUUGCCGGAAACUUCCCUCUCACUCCCCAUGGGCUGGAAGUAGCACCUCGAAGUUCUUAAACCCUGAGUAAAAAGUCAGCGCAUGUAUUUGUGAGCCAGUUGAGCAGUUUGGAAAGUUCAGCCGAAUUCAGACCUGCAAUUUAGCGAGUGUUCUGCAUAACUCAUUUGAAUGAGAGACUUCGGCAGAAAACGUACUAAAGGGUGGGACUGAAUUCGCCUUGUGUUCAGUUAACUUUAACAGUGUUUAUGUAAUGCAGUCCGAUAUGUGCUGUACCAGUUAAAGUACUUUAAUCAGAGUUCAUUGAAUGCUGUAAGUUUUUCUGCGUACCCAAUGUUAUCACUGAGCAUAGCUGUUUACUGUCCAAUUCUGUGAAACCCCAGUCUGGUGUCGAAGCAAUGGUUGAGGUAGAAGGGGUAAAAUAAUAUCAAUUUUUAAGAGGUUUUCCUGGAAGAACCUGUGCAGUGUCUGUGGUAUCAGACGUUGACUGUAGACAUUGUAACUUUAGAAGCAUGACUGAACAUUAACUCGAUACUCAGGAUGCACAGGCCUCCAAAUAGCGCUAAGCCACAAGGUCUGGGCGAGUCGUCAUCGCUGGAGUAAAGGCGAUGAAGGUCACGUUCAAAUCCCCGUCUCCCAUAUGGGUAUAACCAUACAACUCGGGUUAACGGUUGCUAUGGUUUGAGAUCCAUUAAAAACCCCCUGGGGACGUCAGAGUCAGCCUGACCGCAAUCUGACCGCGUAUCUGACCAUGUACAAUUUCAGCGGCAGUUGCACGGUCAGCAGUUGGCAGAGGGGGUCCGUCACGGAAAAGCGUCAAGGUUAUGUUUCAUGCAUAUUAUACAACAUCGGAUGAUUGAUUCCGAGCGGCAUCUGGUCCAGUCAUCAUGUAAAUGAGCUGACUUUUAAUCUUAUGUCAUGCAUUUUCUUCUUUCUGUACUUCUUUCUGGAAACAAAUUAGUUUCAUGUUUAAUCAUUAACUUUUCGCAUGGAUUCAGCUUCUGUUAAAAAUGACGUUUGGUGAUCGUCUGUGACUUUGUCUGUGUGUUGGAAGUGUAUUUGCUUUCGUUAUGUUGUGUGGUUAAUGUUAGGGUCCCACAGUGCCUGUAGACACUGGGAUUUAAAACUCUGGAGGACCUGGAAUUCAUGUUUUGUUUUUGUUUUUUUUUACUCAAAUCUGUCCUUUUUUUCCUUGUCAUUCUUCAGUCUCAUUCUUUGUGUCUUGUACAGUGUUUCUGCCCUUAGUCCUGCUGCACUGAUGAGCGUGGCUUACGAUUCGCCACUACUAAUGACCUACGUGCUAAUGGCAGCCGCAUGCUCUCCAGCAACCCCAAUGUUGUGGCUACCCUGAAAACUCACUGUCAUUAAUCUCUUUAGCCUUUUACCAGGGAAAGCCACUGGGGGACGUUCAAAGCAGGGCUUUCAGUUCAUGCUUGUGUGUGUGCAGAGCACCUGCUGUCAUAGAGGAAGUUGAGGAACACCCGCCAGAAAUAAAAUACAGAAGGCAUUGCCCUAGACCUGUCCUUUCUGCUAUUGAUUAUCUGAGGUAACCAGCUGAAAUUUGGGCCUCGAAGCAAUUUUCGCAAUUAUUGGACUUCCUUCUGAACAAAAUUCAUAAAAUGGGAUUGACGGGGGUGGUUUUGUAGUGUGUGAUGCAGGUUCAAAUCCCAGGUGGGGCAUUGCUGCUCUGUUCUGUUGCUAUGCAGGGAUGACACCCAGGUUUGAAUGAAUGCAAAGUGCAUGUGCUCUGCCACCUCCUGCAUUGGUUGAUUGUCUUUAUGGUAUUGAGCACUGACCAGAAUAUGGACAUCCCCCCCCCCCGUUAAAUGUAUUGGAAGUUUUUUUUUUUUUUUUUUAAACAUUAUUGCAAAACAUAAUAUAUUUAUUUAUGGUUGUUACUUUUUGAUAUAAAAUAUCCAUGGGAACACACUUUGAAUUUGUUUGUUUGUUUAUUUAUUUAUUUAUUUAUUUAUUUAUUUAUUUGUUUGUUUGUUUGUUUGUUUGUUUGUUUAUCUGUUUGUUUAUUUAUUUAUUUAUUUAAAAUGACAUAAGCAGGAACAUCCAAGAAGAAACUAAAGCAAUCAGAAUAGACUUUAGGGGACUGGAACAAAUCCAUGCUGUUAUUUUUCCAUUAUAGUUUUGAUAAUUAUUUUGUACAGAGAAUGAGGCUAUUUAUUUAUUUUGUUGAAUCACCUUUCUGUGUUAACUGUGAAAAUACACAUUUGAGAAAUAAAAUGAAAAGUAAAAAGGA